UAUAUAUGAUUUAGACAAAAGACAAAAAAGUAGUACAUGUCGCAGAUUCAGUGAAAACUAGAGGUCCGUUGAAGGAGGAAAUGUGCCUUUAAUGAAUUUCAUGCGCUUUGUUGACCUCUAUUGUUUGUUGUUGCCAGCAGGGUGCGUCAUAUAGUUAACUGAGAUGUAAUAAUACAUGUGUGUAUAUAUAUAUAUAUAUAUAGUCUAUAUUUGUUUUCCGAGUAAAAUGUACUACUUUAAAUACAAUUGUUACAUCAUAGGAUGCUGAAACAACUCGCUUACCGCCGUGUUUCGGAUCGUGUACUGUCCUAGAGCAGAAGUAAUGCAGAACUCCAUCUCAGUCAGGGUUGAAGAAGGAUAGAGAAGAACGUGAAGCGCAGCCGGCAAUCUGUGACUAAACCACGGAUAAGAAAUCCAUUGAACUCCCGGUGAAAGAGCACGCCUAGAUGUUUGAUUCUGUAUUCACUGUGAAAUGUCAUGGAUUAGGAUACGCUUUGUCCCGAACUGCACUACAUUCCUGAUUGAAAGAUGAAUAUCUGCGACAAGAACCCAAACCGGACGGCCCCUGAGAAGGAAGCAGGGACGUCCCCCCCGGCUGACCUCCCCCAGUGCUCCAGGACUAAUGGCUGGAGCUGGCCCCCGCACCCCUUCCAGCUGCUGGCCUGGCUGCUCUACAUCUACUUCGCUGUCAUCGGCUUUGGCAUCUUCAUCCCUCUCCUGCCGACUCAUUGGGUGCCUGCAGGAUAUAUUUGUACUGGUGUCAUGUUCGUUUGUCAUCUGUUUGUCCAUCUGACUGCCGUCACUCUCGACCCUGCCGACAGGAAUGUCAGAGUCAAGAACUACAGCGGCCCAGUUCCAGUGUUGGACCGCAGCAAGCAUGCACAUGUGAUUGAGAACUGCCACUGUUACCUCUGUGAGGUGGACGUGAGCCCCAAGUCCAAGCACUGCAGUGCAUGUAACAAGUGUGUUGCCAAUUUCGAUCAUCAUUGUAAAUGGCUGAACAAUUGUGUGGGCAGCAGGAAUUACUGGCUUUUCCUGAACAGUGUGAUUUCAGCCCUUCUCGGAAUACUUCUUGUGGUCAUCAUCGCCUUGUAUGUGUUUGUUGAGUUCUUCGCAGAUCCAGCAAUGCUGCGCUCCAACAAAUACUUUCGAGUCAGAAAUGAUUCUGGCAUCUGGUUCGUGUUCCUGCCGGUGGCUCCAGUGUCGACGACGGGGCCCGCGAUCCCUGCUCUGGCUGCCAUCACUAUCGCUCUGGGGCUUCUCUCCACCAUCCUGCUGGGCCAUCUGCUCAUCUUCCACAUCUAUCUCAUGUGGAACAGAUUAAGUACAUAUGCAUAUAUCAUGCGUCAGCGCCAUCGCCAUGAGGCCACGAGCACUGACAAGGAGAAUGAGAGGAAGGAGGCUGUACCUCCAAAAAUGAAUCUAAUAAAGGAUGUUGGUUACUCCGGGACUCUGGGGUACACCAAUCCUGAGAUCCAGGUGGAAGAUCCUGCUUUAAUGUUGGCAUCAGGAAAAGACAUAUCGAAGCGCUAUGGAAACGGGACCCUGAGGAAGUCCAGCAGCAGUAAAGCAGGAGAGGAACUCCGUCCCACCAACUCCAGCGAGCAGCAGCAGCAGCCAGCCCGCAGGACAAGCACACAGAAGAAGAAAAAGAAGAAAGUGCACAAAGUGCCAGCAGAAGUUAUCAAUGACAGGUCGCUGGAAAACAAUUCAAACAAACUCCCAGGAGUGUCACCUUCCGAUCCAGGACCCCUGUUUGGUGCCCUUAAUGCUGCCUCCCAGAGUCUCGUGCUCCCCGUCCCAGUCUUUCCUCAAAGAGCCUCUCUACCUCCCCUGGUAGCCAGCGCCGCCCCAGUCCAGGCCGCGGGGCCCCCUGCUGACUACCACUCUGAUUCCGCAGAGUCCAUGGACGAGAUUCCCGUCGCACAGACCCGCCUCGGCAGCGCUGCUGUGGGAGGAUACGCCAGCAACUCCCGACAGAACCUCCUCUCCAAACCUCGCCUCCCCCAACAGGACCACCGCCCCCUGCAGACUCUACCCUCCCCACAGCCCAGAGCCAUGAGGAGGAGCUUGAAGAGGCCCCUGAGCACGGAGCAGAAAUUCAAGCUGCUCCCUCAGCCCCCCACCGUGUAUGUGAGUAAGAGCAGCGGGGAUUGUAGGGUCCCCCAGCUCCGGGGUAACCCCACCGCAGUGGAGGAGGGCUCCUCUGGACACAGUAAAAGGAAAAGGACCAGUAAGAAAAGCCACGAGUACGACAGCAGCAGAGACGCAAGGACAGGUACAAUGCUAGCGUGAACAGAACCUAGUGAUGGGGAGGUUACUUUCAAAAAGUAAUCAGCUACCAGUUAAAGUAAUCAGAUUACAGUAAUGCGUAACUCCCCAUCACUGGCAGCAGCACCACUACAGAUCCCACAGAUAAAUAGUAAAGCUGUGUUUUUAAAUAAAUUGCAAAAAUAUUUUUUUUAAUUUUAAAGAAAAAUACAAAAAUGAUAAAUCAACUGUUGAAAUCCUGAGAAAUUGUAUCGGCCGUAAUUGUAUCCCUUUCCACGUAAUACUGGUUAAUAUUGAUUAGGUUAUAAAAUGAUCUGAACUGAUUUCAACUAAUAUCUGUUACUGGGGCGAGAUACUGAGAUAGUGUGUUUCUUGAUAUACUCUGUUCAAUGCCAAAGGCUAAACCUUGAUGGGAAGGAAGUACCAUAUACAGCACCAGUCAGCGGUCAAGCCAACUGAACCCCCCUUUUCUUUUUCUAUUGGUUUGAUUCCUUAGUGUUGUGUGGUAUUUGAAAUAGUGACCUCUGUACCGAUAUAGAAGAACCACCUGUCUGUAGUGACCCCACCCUCACUCAUCUCGAUAAGAAGACCACUUUUACAUUGUGUGUGUGUGUACAGUAGCUAUAACUCUACCUCUACCUGUGUUUCUAAGUCUGGUCUCUGCCAUAUUGAAAGAAAAUACCCUAUCAUUUAAAAACUUUUGAUUCCUGGCUGUGUAGGGAACACACCAGCCUGGCACACCAGCUUGUAACUCCUUCAGUUCUUACAAUCAGUUUAACAUCUCAGUGCAAUAUUUCUAAAAUGCCAUAUCCCUUUUAAUUUAAAUGAAUCGAUUUUAAUAAUUAAAAUCUCUUUGUUCAAAGAGUUUAUUCUUCUUCUUCUUCUUAUUAUUUUUUUUUUUUUUUAAUCUAGCCAUUGGUCAAAAUAACAGCAACUUUAUGAUAUCCGUCCAAAUAGGUUUAUAAGCCUAGUCCAAAACCUUUCGUCCUUACAUUACAGUCUUAUCUAUAUUUGUUUGUUUGUUUGUUUGUUUGUCACAAAAAGAAAACACUAAGCAAAGGCAAAUAAUUUGAGAGGAAAGCAAAACUAUCAGAAAGCAACCAGGUGUGCAGAAAUUAGACAUGCAAAUUAUUAUCCUGAGUAUUGUCAUUGUUAAAGUAUUUUAUUUUCCUCUAAAUGCCUUAGCACUGACUUAAAAAAUAGCAUCAUAUCCAGUGUUGAUUCUAAUGGUCUUGAUUAUACACUACAAACAUACCCUGUAGACAAAUGUGUUUUAACCUAGCAUUUUAAAUUUUUGACAGGAUGUUUUAUACAGUACCUAAAUAUUUGUAGUCUUUUUGUCGUCUGACUCCGAGCAGUGUAAAAACCUCUUUUAAAGUGUCUUUAUCUAUCUUUCUACCAGAUCCAAGUUGUUUAGGUUUGAAACGACGUGGUUAAACGUAUUCUAAGAGUCGUGUUGUCUUUUAGCAUGGAUGGGUAUAGAUGUGGAACUGUGAUUCAUCUUUGUCUUAAAAUGCCACUAUUGAUUUUUUUAGGGGAUUUGUGUAUUUUGAGGUUCUUCUUUUUAAAACAAUGUUUCAACAUAAAUGUGGUGGAGAAUUUGAUGGGGAAUGCUUGGACAAUAAUCAAACAAACCCCAGAUUCUGCUGGGUUUAGGUAGGCACUACACAGUGCAGUGGUGGGGGUUUCCAGCAUUAUAUUUAAAACAAUGGUAAAUGAAUCCCCCUUUGGUUUACAGAUUUAUUUAUAAGCAUCUAUAAACCUCUUGUUAAAGGUACCGGUUUAUUACAAUACACAUUGUAAUUGCGGUAACACUGCAGUUUAGGGAUCUGUUAUAAGUGGUUAUAAACAAUAGCAAAAACAAAACAAUGGCAAAAGUGUAUAGUAACUGUAUUGCAAAAACAAAGCAACCCCAUACAACAAGUGAGACAGACAUAUAAAAGCAGAUUGACCUAUAUCCGUUAUAAGUGAUUAUAAACAAUAGCGCAAAAAACAAUGACAAAAGUGUGUAAUAAUACUCUUAUUUCUGUUCAUAUUCUAUAAUUGUUAAUAGCUUAAUUAAUAACUUGUUUAUAGAUUGUUUAUAAUCACUUGUAUCGGAUCCCUAAAGUAAAGUGUUACCAUAAUUGUAAAGUAAUGCAGUUUAUUGCCUUUGUUUCAUGUUUUAUAAACUUCAAUUAUUUCUCAUCACAUCCCUUUUAUAACUCGUUUUAUAGAUGUUUCGAACUGUUCAUAACAGAUCGGUGAACUAAAGUGUUAAUGGGAAUAGUUUUGUAUUAUUGCUAUGAUCAGUGAAAUAUCAGGACAUGUCAGCUGUAAUCCCCACACAGACAAACCCCACAUAUUCCCUCAGGAUUUUCAGGAAAUAUUUCACAGCACAUUAAUUUUGCGGAUUUUUAAUAAACAUGAAAUUAGCAAACAUUUCUUGCUCGUGAAAUGUUCUUGUCUUACAGUGGAAGACAUAUGUUCCUUGCAUCACUUGGAUCGAAUGCUUAGCUAGGAGUGUAUUUAGGGUUGGACCCACUCCUUGCUUUUCGUCUGUUUGUGCAUGACACGAAACAUGCAUGCUUUACUUAUUCCAAAAGCUGCAGUUCUAGUAGUAUUUUGCAUUAGCUCCAUGAAUAUUUUUACAUAUAGAUUUUUCGUUUUUUAUCUCGCAGAUCUGAAAUUCAGAAACUUAAUUCAGGGUGAGAAAUAUUUUUUAGAGGCCUCUCUAAAGAUGAAAUGUUCAUGCCAUCUUUGAAAUGAAUGAAUAAACUCAAAACCCUGUCUAGAAAUAGAACAGCUGUAUUUAUUUCAACGGUUUUACUAAAUAAGUCCAAAAGUAUUGCAUAAAUUGUUACUGUAUGUUGAAUUUUCUGUUUGCUCUGAAAUGAGUCUUCAAAUACGCACAUCCCAGUAUCCAUAAAAUAGCUAUACUGUGUGUCAAGUAAAUCUGCUCUUUUAUCUGUUACACUAAGGAAAGAUACCGACACUAUAUUUGCACUAUUAAAUGUUUAUGUAAAUAUUUGUGUAUUUGAAAUGUAAUCUUUACAAAUCUGCUAAUUAAAGGUGUUCUGUUCGUUCAUAAUCCCUCAUGAAGAUUUCUCAUUUCAUUUUCAUGGACGAUUGACAUGUGAAUGCAUUGUAUUUGUUUUUCGAUAGACGCUCA